GCCGUUCACUUUGUUCUUUUGUUGUCAGCUUCAAUCUCCUGAUUUCAUUUCAUCUUGUUAUUUAAUUUUAGCGAGUUUUAUAACUCUCAUUUUAAAAUAUUAGUUUUCCUUUUUUGUGAAUUGGUAAAAUGGAUGUCGCUGGAGCUACGACUGGACAACAUCGUGUCGCUGACGAUGUUGGGGAACGAUGUCAAAAAUUGUUUCAGGAUUUUUUGGAACAGUUCAAGGAAUAUCAAACAAAUCCUCCCAAAUAUCUUGAAGAUGCUCGAAACUUGAUAAAACCUGAGAGAAAUACUUUGACAAUUUCCUUUGCUGACAUUACGGACUUCAACCAACAUUUGGGGGACUGUAUUACUCAAGAGUAUUAUCGGAUUUAUCCAUACUUGUGUCGCGCUGUGAAGAACUUUUUGAAGGACCAGGCCGACAUUAAUGUUCCUCUCAAAGAGUACUUUGUCGCUCUGACGGAUGUUCCAACCCGUUUUAAAGUUCGAGAACUGUCAACCACAAAAGUUGGGACAUUGAUCCGAAUUUCUGGCCAGGUGGUAAGAACUCAUCCUGUUCAUCCGGAACUGGUGGCUGGAACUUUUAAGUGUAUGGAUUGUCAGACGGUUAUUAGAGAUGUUGAACAACAAUUUAAGUACACUCAACCCGUGACUUGUACCAACCAAGCUUGUGCGAACCGUUCUCGUUUUGUUCUCGACCCAAAAACCUCGAGGUUUGUGGAUUUUCAGAAAAUACGAAUUCAAGAAACUCAAGCUGAAUUGCCUCGAGGCUCGAUCCCUAGAAGCAUGGAAGUUAUUGUGAGAGCCGAAGCAGUUGAAGUUGCCCAAGCUGGUGACCAGUGCGACUUUAUUGGAACCUUAAUCGUUGUCCCCGAUGUGGGGUCUCUUAAUUUGCCAGGUGCAAAGGCUGAAACAGGGGCCAGAAAUAGGGGAGAACGAUCGGAAGGUGAUAAUGAUGGCCUACAGGGGCUUAAGGCUUUGGGAGUCCGAGAGCUUAGUUAUCGACUAGCUUUUCUGGCAUGUAAUGUUUCGUCAUCGAAUCCCAAGUUUGCUGGACGAGAAUGGAUUCUUGAGGACAUUUCAAAGGAAUCCCUUCAAAAACAAAUGAAUCCCGAGGAAUGGGCAAAGAUUUUCAGCAUGUGCAAUGAUAAGCAUUUGUACGUCAAGUUGAUUAGCAGCUUGUUCCCAACCAUUCAUGGAAAUGAAGAAGUAAAGCGUGGUUUACUGCUCAUGUUAUUUGGUGGAGUUCCAAAAGUGACGAUGGAAAAGACUGCACUACGAGGAGAUAUUAACAUUUGCAUUGUCGGAGAUCCAAGUGUAGCAAAAUCACAGUUUUUGAAACAAGUGGCAGAUUUUAGCCCAAGAGCAGUUUACACUUCGGGGAAAGCAUCAAGUGCAGCAGGUUUGACCGCCGCCGUGGUUCGAGAUGAAGAAUCGUUCGAGUUUGUUAUUGAAGCUGGGGCUCUUAUGCUUGCUGACAAUGGAGUUUGUUGCAUUGACGAAUUUGACAAAAUGGACCCAAGGGACCAGGUAGCUAUCCACGAAGCAAUGGAACAGCAAACAAUUUCCAUCACAAAGGCUGGUGUAAGAGCAACGUUAAACGCAAGAACUUCUAUAUUAGCUGCCGCAAACCCAAUCAACGGCCGAUAUAAUAGAGCAAAAUCGCUUCGACAAAAUAUCAAUCUCGGAGCUCCAAUUUUGUCUCGAUUUGAUCUGUUCUUCAUCCUGAUUGACGACACAAAUGAAGUCACAGACUAUGCUAUUGCUAGAAAAAUUGUAGACUUACAUUGCAGAAUGGAGGAAUCGAUUGAACGUGUUUACAGCCGGGAAGAAAUUUUGCGGUACAUCCUGUUUGCACGUCAAUUCAAGCCUAAACUGAGCACAGAUGCGUCUAAAUUACUCAUUAAAUGCUACAAAACGCUUAGACAGCGAGAAGUUGGAAAUUCAUCUAGAACUGCGUGGAGAAUUACAGUCCGUCAAUUGGAGAGUUUGAUAAGAUUGUCAGAGGCAAUGGCCAGACUAUAUUGCUCGGACAAGGUGACUGUUCCUCAUGUCGAAGAAGCAUACCGUUUGCUGAAUAAAUCCAUCAUUCGCGUUGAACAACCAGACAUAAAUCUGGACGGUGAAGAAGACGAACCAGGCGCUGUACAUGAGGAGGACGAAGAAGCUCAAGCAAUGGACGAUAUGCGUGCCGAAGAAGCAGAAAUGAUGGAAACGGAGAGUCGUGGUGAUUCACACAGUAUUGCAGACUCUCGACCUGAAAGUCUUUCACAAAAGAAGAAAUUGAAGAUGAGCUACAUCGACUACAAAAAUAUGUCAAAUCUCAUCUUAAUAUACAUGAGGCGAGAAGAAGGCAAAUCUGAAGAUGACGGAGAGGAAACAGAAGGUUUGAAGAGAAGUCGUAUCGUGGACUGGUAUUUAAAUGAAAUUGGCGACACCAUUGAUACGGAGGAAGAGUUGAUUGAGAAGAAAGAAUUGGUAGAAAAGGUCAUUAAGAGAUUGAUCGAACAUGAUCGUGUAAUCAUUCAAUUGGUGACCUCCAAGUUUCAACGAGGACAACAAGACCCCAUUGAAGAGGAGGAAGAUCCACUGUUGGUCGUUCAUCCCAAUUACCAGAUUAACUAUUAAUUUAUGUUCUUUACAAUUUCUUCGGCUAAUCCUGUAACUAAUUUUUCUAUUGAUCAUAUUUUAUAAAAGUCUAUCCAAUUUUUAAUUCCCGUGAUUGUGACAAAGGGAUAUUAAUAAAAUUAUAAAUAUAA